AGUAGGGGCGUGGUCCGUUGCGAGGGGUGUACGUGUGUGCCGUCACAUGCAAAGAGUCCACAGCAUAAGAGUUUGUGGACACAAACGUGAAAACAGAGGGCCUAUAGACCUAGUGCCUUCAGCUGUAGCGAGUCGAGAGCCGUACGGAGCAGGUAGAGCGGGCGGGAGAUGUCGCGAGGGGGCGGUACUGGCACCAAGAAGGACGUUCUACUGGAGCUGGUCUCUAGGGACAUAAAAGAGCUGCAAAGAGUACACAGUGAAAGCAAAAGUAGUGAUGUCAAGGCGUUUACGGAGGCAGAAGAACCAGCCCAGCUCCUGUGUGACCAUCUCGAUCACAUUCUCAUGCACGGUCUGAGAGAGUUCGAGGACGGGUACUGGCCGUUUGUGAGACACUUCACCAGGAACGAGCUGGUCCAGAGAAUACGGCAGUUGAAGAGAGUUACAACCAGUGUCGGGAGAGGCAGAUCCUGGCUGUACACUGCACUCAACGAACAGAGUGUCGAGAGCUACAUUAGGAUGUUUGCUGAAAAUCAAGACAUCGUUGAAGGAUUUUACCUCAGGGAUGCCUUUAUUAGGGAUAUGGAGCAUAUUCUUCUUCUCCUGACGCUGGUUUCAGGCCUUGAUUUCAUCUCUUUUGACCUACAAGUGGACUGUGACUAUUUGGACUAUGGAGCCAGCAUACUCUCAUCAAAGAUCACCUCACGUACAUCUUCUUCAACUGAGGUGACCCCAACAUUCUUGAGUGCAAAGGUCAACAGUAAGAGUGGGCGACCACGAACACACAGUGACCCCACCCCCAAGCCCCCCGGGGCAAUUCCCAGUCUAACGAGAGGGGCACGCAAACAGACGAGGAACAACAAAGAAGCACCAGCUGCUGGUACAGCCAGUUCGGAAAAAUCUCCUGAGGCAUCGGGAGAAACUGGAACUAAUAUCGAAAAUGAAAAUGGAGAUAAUUUGAUACGUAACGAAGGGGCUGGUGAUAGUAUCCCCAUACCAUCCACUGAAGAGCCUCGCUCAUCAAUGAUGUCGUCCUCACUACAAAUGACAUCAUCGAGAAAUCUUCUAGAGAGGAUGAGUUCGCUAGAGACGAAGUCACCUUUUCUAGAACGAGCUGCAGCAUCUCGGGAGGGGCUGCGGUGGAGGGGGGCGGGGCAGUCUGGUAGAGGGGAAAGGGUUAAAGAUGAAAAUGGCGAGGAAGAUGAUAUGGUGGUUGCUAAGGGGCGGAGAAGUGGGCGGAGCAAGAAACGAAGGAGGAAGAGAAACGAGGAGAAUGAAGUCUCGGACGAAAGCUCUCCCAGAGGUCAUGUGACCAGAGAAGAAAAUCAUGUGACAAGAGAAGGAAAUCAUGUGAUCCCUGGAGCUGUACUGUUUAGUCCGACCAACACAACAACAACAACAGUCGAUGCCGAUGAUUCCGUUCUGGUAGGGGCUCCCCAUUCAAUGAGAACGGAAGAAUGCGAUUAUGAAACUGAGCCAGUGAUACUGCAGAGUCUGGCGGAGGAGAAGGGACUGGGGUUGAGUCUGGAGAUGGAGUUGGCACUAGCCGCAAGGGAUGAACCGGGGAUCCAAACUAGUAUGUCGUCUGGGGACGCUGGGGGUGGGGACCAAUUAGAACUACAUCUACCUCCGUCUCGUGACGCGGCACCUUCUGAAACGCCUCGCGUGCAUUUGGAGAAUUUGGAAGAAAGUUUACCUCGCACGUCUGGUAAUAAUCGAAACCCUUUUGAUGUGGAAGAAGAUGUAGACCUCUCGCCUUCCCUCCCUCCCUCCACCCCUCCCUCCUUCCCUGAUAAAAACAGUGACAACCUCUCCAAUCGACAACACAGGUCCCAUACAAUACAUCACCCUCCGAGUUCCGCUAGCACUCGCUCCGAACUGAAAUCAGACGAGAAGAGAAACCCGCGACGAGUGCCCCUCAAUUCAAAGCCAAUCUCUUCGUCUUCUCGUUCGCCGCCAUCAGCUCAGCAUCGGUCAAAGUCGCGGCGAGAAAAAGGAGUUACGUCAGAGGUGGAGGGAGAAUUCGAUAUCAUCACGCAGAGCGAAGUGAGGGCCCUGGACGGCCGGAGGAGAACCAACGCACUGUAUUCAGAGGACAGAGAGGGAGAGAGGGAGGUGGGGGAGGGAGAUGAAGAGGAUUUGGUGACAGUGGGUAAGAUGGUGUACCACGAACCCCCACAAAGACCAAAGACAGUUACGGAGGAGAGAGAAAAGAGCCUGUGAUGUCAGGAUUGACGAGACAAUGAGGGUUGUGUUCUCCAUCGAUGUCUUUUUCCCUGACACAGAGAAGACCACGCCCCCUCCUCCUCCUCCUACUAAUGAGACCCCCGACCGACCACAGCUGCUGCUCACCAGAGAGAAGAGAGAGUCUCAGGGCCUCGAGGAAGAGGCCAAGAGGUUGGUACAGGUGAACACGCCGUGUGGGCUGGGCCAGUACAGACCUGGGUAUGCUCUAGUCACUACUGAGGCCGUCUAUCUGCUUAGGAGAGAUGGAAUUGAAGGGAUCUUAUCGCGAGAGUUCGGAGCACGAUACAAGGACAUGGAUCAUCUCGUGAUUGGGCUGGGAUGGCAGAGUAUGGAGCUGGUGUACCGAGAGAGGAAGACCGAGGAACUGCGGAAUUGUGUUCUUGUCACGGGCAGCGAGGCUGUGUCCAGGAGUCUGAUGGAGUCGAUGGAGACAGCUGCCAGCCAGUGUCCAGGGUUCAUGAGGGUCAUUCCGAGGAACAGAGAUGACGAGACUCACUGGGACGCCAUCGAGAGAGAGCUCAUCAAACUGGGCAGUGAGACCAGUAUGGAUAGGGUUCAGUAUUCUCUGGUGAACUGGGAGCAGGUGAAGGGCAGCGUUCCAGACUCCGCCUACUCUCAAUCCCUCGCUGAAAUGGCCAGUGGACUGCUGUACUUCAAGAAGAACAGUCGGGUGGGCCUGUCGUCAUGGAAACAGGGUUUCUUCAGACUCAUUGACGGGACCCUGCACCAGUUUGGCAGUGAGACGGACAAGUUGUCCAAGGCCACAUUCUCCCUGGCCGGAUGUGGAGGGGUCACGAGGGUCGUUUCCACGGGAGAUAGUCGGCAGUUUGUCCUCUCUCUGUCGCUGGCCGGCUCCCAGCCGUUGCUACUGGCAACGGGGACGGAGGAGGAAUUGACUCAGUGGCAGAUGGCGCUAUGCGAGGCUGUCCUCCAGGUGCAAUCUUCGGACCAAUGCAAAAAUCCUAUGUGUACCGUUCUACUGACCAAGGAGAAGGUCCACAUCUUGCAAGAGGACAUGUCCAGAGGGUUGGUCCACCACAUCACGUGUUGUGAGGUGACGGCAAUUGAGAAGAUAUCUGUGGAUCAUCGCCUGCCACUCUACUGCACUGUGACGUAUGAUGAUGGCGAACUCUGUAAAGGGGUGUGGCUUCUCUGUUUCAGCUCCGAGUUUGAACUGGGGAAGUUUGAGACGGCUCUUGCAGAAUUGUGGAAAGAUGAGUUUCAGAUCGACCUUCCAUUCUCAGAGCUAGAAGAUGUGUCCGUCAUCCAGAGAGCUCGUCAACACAGUGACCUCAUGACCUCUACCAGUCUCCGUAGCGACAGCAUCACCAGGGGAGACAGAGUUCACGUUACAGCUCCACUUUUUAAUCACAUUACAUCACUACUUCAUCACCAUGUCGUUAUAGAAUACUCACAAAUUGAUCAAUCACAUGAUUUUGAAGUGCACUAACACAUAAUAUGUAUACACAAAUAAAUUACAGCAAAGCCACACCCACCAACAAUGAACAAUAAGUCAUCACAUGACUUCGAUUGAUGAUACCUCAACUAAAUCUCCCUAGCAACCGACGAACCGACCAAUCAGGGUUCAGUAUCGCUCUCCUGAUGGCACUCUCGAGCCACAGGAAAAGUCAGUGAGCGAGAGAACUGCGUUGCCCUUGCCGAUAGGCCUCCGCCUGUUUUCUCGCCACUCCAGGAAUGUAGCCUCGUCGAUUAUCUCUAGAUCUUCGUAGAGAAUGUGGAAUAUUCUUCCCAACAGCUCUGGUGGGUGUUCAAUUGAGGCCACCACUCUGUAUUGCAUAUAGAUGUGAAUGUGUAGUUCUCUGUGCUGUCUGCAAAUUUCUUGAGGAUGCGGACCGCUCUUCGGUCUGCAAGUCCUCCGCCGUUCAACUUGACUCUCUCACCACAACC